AUGUCGUCGGCAUACGGGAAAAUUGACCGACCAAAAGAAUACAAUUCAUCUAAACUAGAAUUUUUACUUCCCAUUGAAUCUUCCAGCAAAUCAAAUCAAACUGUCUCAGUUCAUUGGCUUUCUGCUAUUCAGUCGCAACUGUCGGAUCCAUUUAGAUUGAAAUCUUAUCUUCGAACUUUAUUAAAUACUGAAAUCGAAGCUGGAAAUACUUAUCCACAAAAAUUUCUAUUGGAUGAAUCACAAUUCGAGAAUUAUUUCCUCUCCGGCGAUGUUUUUAUCGUGCUCAAUGGCGGGAAAAGUGUUCCCAAGGAUCUCGAGAACAAUCUCGAAGAAAAUCUGUUAGGAACCUUUUAUGUCAAACCAAACUUUCCUGGUCGAUGUUCACAUAUUUGUAACGCAGGAUUUAUCACAGCACCAGCGUAUCGUAACCAAGGAAUUGGAAAGAUAAUGGCUUUAGCAUAUCUUCAAAUUGCUCCUUUACUAGGUUAUAAAGCGUCGAUGUUUAACCUCGUGUUUGCAAAUAACAUUGCAAGCAUUCGACUUUGGAGAUCGCUGGGAUUCCAAGAGAUUGGACGAGUUCCUAAUGCUGGAUUGCUCGUCAAGGAUAAGAAGACAAACAAUGAGGUUGAAGAAGAAGAAUAUGUCGAUGCAAUUAUGUUCUACUAUAGUUUUACUUAA